CUGGUAUUUCUGCAUGAGGGACAGCAGUAGCUGUUUACUGGGAUUCAGCGUUCCUGCUAGUGGCAUCCUCCAUGCUCUUCACCCCAGCUGGGCUUACCUCCGCCUAGUAAAUCCCUUAGCAGGAUGCGUGCCAUCUUGGAGGAACUGUGCUGCCAAGUGGAGGAGCUACAGGAGGAAGGGAGCAGGCUGCGCAGCAUCAGAGAGGAUGGAAAGGGAGAUAAACAGGGUCUUCUCCGAGAUGCAGCAGCUUGAAGAACCCCAUGCCGCAACUGCAGCAGAGAAAUAGGCAGUGUCCACCCCUAGUAUUAAGGGCUGCAAGGGGAGGUGUAACCCACCUGCACCUGAAGGAAUGCUCCCCGGGGAGUCCCGGUCAGGUCAGGCGGAAUUCUCAUCCCAGCCGGAUCGCUCCCUUCAGCACGCCCUGCUGUCUCUCUGGCUCCGCUCUCCGUUCGUCAAGACAGACGUUCUUUCCUCAUCCUACGUUGCAGCCUUACCGAGUCCCAACGCUCCCUCAGUCUCCAGGGGAAGGCUGUCGCCAUUUUGGCCAAGCAAUGGGGCUAGGCCUCCCUGAGGUAGAGCGGGUGCCGUGCCCCUACGACGUCCAUCACCGCGUCCCCCGGGCGUCGCUAGAGAGGCACGCCGCGUCCUGCCGGCUCCGCAAGAUGGGCUACUCCGCCGAGGAGGAGGCUGAGAUGUACGACUCCAGCUUCUUCUACGAAAACCUCAAGGUUCCCACCGUCGCCAUGGAUAAAGAUCUACAGUUUCACAUUGUUAAGCAAGCUAGAGCUCAAAGUGCGAAAGAAGGCACAGGCUACAGUGAAGGAUCUUACUCAUUACUGCCUGUAGAAGUUCCUCAAAAUCACAAGCGUUUUACCUGUGACCUGACUCAAGCUGAUCGCCUUGCUCUUUAUGAUUAUGUUGUUGAGGAAACAAAGAAACAGAGGUCUAGAUCCCAAAUAACGGAGAAUGACAGCGAUCUCUUUGUGGAUUUAGCAGCGAAAAUCACCCAAGAUGAUAGUCAGAAAGGUCCGAAGUCCCAUCUUGAAAUUCUGGCUGAAAUGCGAGACUACAAAAGGCGGCGGCAGUCAUACAGGGCUAAGAAUGUUCAUAUAACAAAGAAGUCUUACACUGAGGUGAUUCGGGAUGUGAUUGGUGUGCAUAUGGAAGAACUCAGCAAUCACUGGCAGGAGGAGAAUAGGCUGGAUAAUGCAGAGACAUGUGAAGGAGGGAAGUCAAAAUCUUCAGGAAGAAAGGAAGACCGGCGGUCAGCUUCAGUGGACUCACGGCAGUCUGGAGGAAGCUGUAAGGAUACUGAACGCAGCAGACACAGGAGAGAGGCCAGCAGGAGUCCAAAUAAACGAAAACGGAGUCGUGAAAGAGGCAAAGACAGAGAUUCUCGGAGAAAAAGAGAGAGGGAUGAAGACAAGUAUCACAGCCAUAAAAGAAGAAAGUAGAAACAAGAACCUGAUUAUUUUGUCAGCUUUUCAAAAAAUUACUUGUGCAGGAACUACUGUUACUGCUGUUGUGCCAGGGACAGUAACACUUUGUACAUAAUAUUGGUGUUGCAUCACAGCUGUGCUUGGAGACAAAAAUGGAAUCGUGUUAAGGUUUGUCAGGAUGAAAGCAGUAUAUACCAGAAAGUGUGUAAAUCUGUAACACUAAUGCAUCUAUUCAUAAAU